AUCUACCGACAUCAAAGUGAAACAACAUAGAAUUCCAUGAUUUUCUCAAACAUGUCCAAAACAAAUGUGAGGAGACAUGUUUUAGAGAACAGAUGUUGCAAAGAGAAGGAGAAAUCAUCGACUCAAAGUGGUUUAUCCAAACAUCUGAAGAAAAUCUACCCGAUUGGGUUACAAAGAAGUUCUUCAUCUCUAUCAUUGUCGUCGUUAUCAUUAUCUUUGUCGCAGAACUCGAACGAUUCGUCUCUCACAGAUCAGUCCAGCACUCCCUUGGAACAAAAGAUUUCAUUGGCACUUAGCUUGAUUUCUCCUCAUCGUGAGAGAAGAGAGUUCCCCAUGGUUGUCAAAAGUGUUCAUCAUCAGCAGCAGCAACAACAAAAACAGUAUCAGGAUUCUGGUAACGGUGAAUUGAGAAGGUGCCAUUGGGUCACAAAGAACAGUGAUAAGGUUUACAUAUCAUUUCACGAUGGGCAAUGGGGAGUUCCUAUCUACGAUGACAACCAAUUGUUCGAACUGCUUGCUUUGUCUGGUAUGCUGAUGGAUUAUAAUUGGACAGAGAUUUUAAAAAGAAGGGAUCUUUACAGAGAAGCCUUCUUGGGUUUUGAUCCUGAAAUUGUUGCUAAAAUGGGGGAUAAAGAAAUCAACGAGAUAUCAUCCAACAAAGCAAUCAUGUUAGCAGAGAAUAGAGUAAGGUGCAUAAUCGACAAUGCCAAAUGCAUACUCAAGAUUGUGAGGGAAUAUGGAUCAUUCAGCAGUUUCAUGUGGGGUUACGUGAGUUACAAGCCAACCAUCAACAGAUACAAGUACCCCAGAAAUGUUCCCCUAAGAACUCCGAAAGCCGAAGCCAUAAGCAAGGACUUGCUGAAGCAUGGAUUCAGGCUUGUGGGGCCGGUGAUCGUGUAUUCGUUCAUGCAAGCAGCCGGAUUGACGAUCGAUCAUCUGGUCGAUUGUUUCAGAUAUAAUGAAUGUGUAGCCCUUGCUGAAAGACCUUGGAGGCACAUUUAACUUGUAUGAUUUCCCUACUAACCCUAAUUGGUUCUCGUUUUAUACAUAUAUAUAUAUAUGUUUCUUUUUGCUGUUUACUGAAACACAAGCUAAACUCUUGGUGUAUAAGCAUUUGUUUUGUAUAUAAAGAGAAAUAGAAGCCUUGGAUUGUUAUAAUAAUGCCUGGUAGACUAAUGGGGGAUUGA